AUGGAUUUCACGAAUAAUAAAAAUGAUUUUGAAAAUACUUUUACUUUUGAGUCUUCAAGUCCCCCAAAACAGCCUGCUCCUCCUUCUCCGGUAGAAGCUCAUAAAGCUAAAUAUAAACGUAAUAGUCUUCCUAGGAAUGCUGAAGAAGCAAGGCAGCGACGUAUUGAACUUGACGCGCAAGCUCGAAGAAAACACCGGGACCAACUCAUUACCACUAAACGUUUCAAACAUAAUCUUGAAGAAUACAAAGAUGAUGAUUCUGAACCAGAAUAUAAUUUAUCUCAAAAAGACAUUGAAAAGUUGAAAUCUGGUUUGAAUAAUGUUAAUCGAGAUGCACGACUUUCAAGUCUCCAGGACUUGAGUAAAUAUCUCGUGGACCCUUCCGAUAUAUUGAGGCAGUUUGUAAUUGAAGGAGAUUGUAUAGAGAUAUUGAUUAAAUUCUUAUCCAGUAUUGAUCCGGCCGAACAACUUCAGGCUACUUGGUGUAUUACAAGUAUGUCCAUUAUUACUUUCAAUAUACUCAUUUUGAAUUUUACGAUGAAUACAUUAUUUAUACUUAAAUUUUAUACCGUGUCUUUAAACGAAGACAUUGCUGCUGGACCUAAAGAAUUUGUUCAGAAAGCUUCGUUGGCAAUUCCGUAUUUGAUCCCUUUCCUCGAAAGGGAAAACAUUCCUUUGCAAGAUCAGGCUGCUUGGGCUAUCGGUAAUAUUGCCAUUGAAAGUUCUGAGUGUAGGGAAUUACUUCGUAAAAAUGGAGUGUUGGUCCCCUUGAUCAAUUUGCUCGAUUCUAAGGAUGUAAAUCUCAUCCAAACAGCCUGUUUCGCUCUCUCAAAUCUUGCUCGUGGUCCAAACGCUAAAUUACACGAGUUUUUCACUGCUGGCAUCAACAAUCGCCUUAUACAACAUUUAGAAACUGAUGAGAGCUUUGAAGUUGUCUCUGAGGUUUCUUGGGUGUUAACUUAUAUAACUAGUGACGACGACAAUAAGUAUACUGAUCAGUUGUUAAACGAAGGGAUUGCCCCACUUCUGGUUAAACACAUGAGACCUCUGUUGAAUCAUGGACCUUUGUCGUUACCUUUAGUUAGAACAUUUGGAAAUAUUGCUAGUGGUCCCGAUACAAACACGGAUCAUUUGAUUCGGCAACCCGAUUUCCUGCCUUCAAUGAUUCAAUAUAUUCAGAGUGAUUGCAGGCCGGUCAAGAAAGAAAGUCUUUGGGUUAUGUCUAAUAUAACGGCAACCCGCCGUCCAGAAGUCUUAGUCAAAGUGUUUAAUGCCGGAUUUAUCCCAAUUCUUUCAAAUAUCGCUACUCAUACAAACUUUGACAUUCGAAAGGAAGCUGCUUACAGCUUAGUAAAUAUUGCAUCACAUGGCUUAGAAUUCAUGAAAUCUUUACCUCAUCAAGAGCUUUUACCAGGUUUCCUAGAGUUUAUUCGCACAAGUUCCGGAGAAAAUGUGAAGGGUAUUGAUGCAAUAGAAACUGCUAUAUUGACAGAAGAUGAAUCAUUACGUAACGCAGCCAGUCGUUUAAUGGAUAAAUAUUUUGGAGAAGAAUUUUCUGAGCAAAUGCAAGUUCAAAUUGAGGAGACCACUUAA